CCCCCGCCCCGGGCUCCGCCGCCGCGAGGGAGGCGCCUCCGCGGCGGGACAUGCGGCUGGGGCGCCGGCCGCCCGCCCGCCGAGCCGCGGGCCGAGCCUGAGCGCGCACGCCGGGGCCCCCGGGGCCGCGUCCCCCGCCCCCGCCCCCCGGACCCCCGGACCCGCCGGCCUCGGGCGCGGAGCGAGGGCGCCCCGGGCCCAUGUGCGGGAGCGCCGUCCCCGCCCCACGAGCCCGCGCGGACCCUGGUGCCUCCCCGGGCCGGCGGCCCCGCGGCCCCGCCGCCCCGGGCCCCGCCGCCCGCCGCCGGCCAUUGUUCCUCCCCGCCGCCGCCGCCGCCGCCUCCGUUGCCGCCGGGCGCCGGCCAGGACGUUGGAUCGGGCGCUGGUGUCGCACCGGGAGCCCGAGGUGCCGAGGCGUCGGCGAUGAACCCGGUGAACGCGACUGCUCUCUACAUCUCCGCGAGCCGCCUCGUGCUCAACUACGACCCCGGGGACCCCAAGGCCUUCACCGAGAUCAACCGGCUGCUGCCCUACUUCCGGCAGUCGCUCUCGUGCUGCGUGUGCGGACAUCUGCUACAAGAUCCUAUUGCACCUACCAACUCUACCUGCCAACACUAUGUCUGCAAAACUUGUAAAGGAAAGAAAAUGAUGAUGAAACCUUCAUGUAGCUGGUGCAAAGACUAUGAGCAAUUUGAGGAAAACAAGCAGUUAAGCAUCUUAGUGAACUGCUACAAAAAACUGUGUGAAUACAUAACCCAGACUACACUGGCACGGGAUAUAAUUGAAGCAGUCGACUGCUCUUCUGAUAUUUUGGCUUUGCUUAAUGAUGGAUCGUUGUUCUGUGAGGAGACAGAAAAGCCCUCCGAUUCCUCCUUUACUUUGUGUUUGACACAUUCCCCUUUACCGUCCACCUCAGAAGUCACGACUAAUCCUCAAGCUAGUUUGUCUCCAAUGUCUGAGAGCACCCUCAGCAUUGCUAUCGGCAGUUCUGUGAUCAAUGGUUUGCCUACUUACAAUGGGCUCUCAAUAGAUAGAUUUGGUAUCAAUAUUCCUUCGCCUGAACAUGCAAAUACUAUUGAUGUAUGUAAUACUGUUGACAUAAAAACUGAGGACCUGUCAGACAGCCUGCCGCCUGUCUGUGACACAGUAGCCACGGAUCUGUGUUCCACCGGCAUUGAUAUCUGCAGUUUCAGUGAAGAUAUAAAACCUGGCGACUCCCUCUUACUGAGUGUGGAAGAAGUACUCCGCAGCUUGGAAACUGUCUCAAAUACAGAGGUCUGUUGUCCUAAUUUGCAGCCAAACUUGGAAGCCACUGUAUCCAACGGACCCUUUCUGCAGCUUUCUUCCCAGUCUCUUAGCCAUAAUGUUUUUAUGUCCACCAGUCCGGCACUUCAUGGGUUAUCAUGUACAGCAGCAACUCCCAAGGUAGCAAAAUUGAACAGAAAACGGUCCCGAUCAGAAAGUGACAGUGAAAAAGUUCAGCCACUUCCAAUUUCUACCAUUAUCCGGGGCCCAACACUGGGGGCAUCCGCUCCAGUGACAGUGAAACGAGAGAGUAAAAUUUCUCUUCAACCUAUAGCAACUGUUCCCAAUGGAGGCACCACACCCAAAAUCAGCAAAACUGUACUUCUAUCUACUAAAAGCAUGAAGAAGAGUCACGAACAUGGAUCCAAGAAGUCUCACUCUAAAACCAAGCCGGGUAUUCUAAAGAAAGACAAAGCAGUAAAGGAAAAGAUUCCUAGUCAUCACUUUAUGCCAGGAAGUCCUACCAAGACUGUGUACAAAAAGCCCCAGGAGAAGAAAGGGUGUAAGUGUGGACGUGCUACUCAGAACCCAAGUGUUCUUACAUGCCGUGGCCAGCGCUGCCCUUGCUACUCUAACCGGAAAGCCUGCUUAGACUGUAUAUGUCGAGGCUGCCAAAACUCCUACAUGGCCAAUGGGGAGAAGAAGCUGGAGGCAUUUGCCGUGCCAGAAAAGGCCUUGGAGCAGACCAGGCUCACUUUGGGCAUUAAUGUGACUAGCAUUGCUGUGCGUAACGCUAGUACCAGCACCAGUGUAAUUAAUGUCACAGGGUCCCCAGUAACGACGUUUUUAGCUGCCAGUACACAUGAUGAUAAAAGUUUGGAUGAAGCUAUAGACAUGAGAUUCGACUGUUAACUCAGUGGGUCUUCAAACCUACCUCUGGUAGGGAAAUAGCUACAGUUUUACGGCAGCUAUGGUUCUGUUGGUUUCACUUGCCGGAGCUCCUGCAUAUAGAUCACUUGUAUCAAGUGUUUUCAUUGAUAAGUUAUAUGUGUUAGUGUCGGGGAAAUAGUUUUCAGAUAACGGAGGAGUAACCCUACAACUGUAUGUUCUUAGUUCUUACAGAACCUCAUAGUUCAAGAACAAAUGCUGAUGCAACUGAUUUAUACAGAAUGAACUUUGGCAAGGAGAAUAACAUUAACCUCAUUGUUUCUGGUAAUGCUUUGUGCAUAAUCAAAGUUUAUGAUUAAAUGUAAGGAAGUGGUAUCGAGUCAGUCCAUAAAGAUUGUGAGACUCUCUUUGUGAAAAAGUAGCCACUAGUUUAUUCCGGAGACUCAAGUGUGGCUCUCACGCCACGCUGGUGUUUCUUCUGUUGAAAAGCUGAUGUGCCCAGUUCAACUUUUGUGCUGACAUAAUACCAUUUCUAAGAUCAUGAAAAUUAGCUACUGGUAUGUAGUACUUAAAUCAGCAGUAUUAUGGAAGAAAAUUGCCCCCUCAUUAGAAUGUUUUUAAGAAAUCUGUCUUAUAAAAAAUGUGAACAAACUGAUGAGAUUGUCAAACUACAGAUCCUUAGCCAUUUUUCCUGCAAAACGUCCACCCGCCUGUCUUGCUAGGUCUGACUCAUUUCUAGGGGAAAAUUUUGAGAUCCUUCACUAUGAGCAAUGUUCUAAUUGGAUAAAUAAUAUGAAGAGCAUUUAUUCCGAAGGUAUUUGGAUUCACAGUAGUACGUGACAAUAUUUUUUUUAAGUUUAAAGGUUUUAUUUAGAAAUUGGGAUUUAUUUAAAACUCUUUUGGAAUAAUGCCCCAAACAUACCUAGAUGUAUGCAUUGUAUUAAUUGCCAUUGGCCACUCUUUUUUUUUUCUUCUGUUUAUUUGCCACAGACUUUAUUUUGAAUAUGCUCCUAUCCUUUUUUUUUUCUUUCUUAGGGUGCUAUUCAUUAUGCUGGCUUCUUUAUCGAGGCCUAAUAAAACGCCUUUUUUUUAUGAAGCCUGUGCAGUUACGUAGGUCUAAAGCUAGGAGGAUUUUCUCUAGAAUGCUUUUUUGCAUGUAAAGCACAAACUGUUUCAGUUUAAAUGUACUAAUUCCCUUUAAUUUUUAAGGGGAAAACAAACAUUCUGUUGAAGGGAAAUCUGGUCAGUUGUUGGAAGAGCACAGCCCAAGUAGACAAGGACUGACUAGGUGUAGACACAACCUUGGUUUCCGAGAAGAGUUGCUACUCUGACAGUGCUCAUGGUAAGAACAUACUGCAGGGAAGAUGAUGCCAGUUGCUAUCGGCCUCCGGGUCUGUCAAGUGUUGGAGUUAGGUUUUGAUUUGGCACACAGCAUCUUCAAUGAUGGCUACUCACCUCGUUCACGACAUGGACAAGAAUCCUUGGAACACAGAGCCCAUGACACCACCUUCUGUUUUGUAGUGUAUCCUGGUGUCAUUUUCUGUGAAUGUGGUCAGGUAGAGUUGUUUCGUCUUUGUGUGUGUGUGCGUGCGUGCGUGCGUGCGCGCGUGUGUUUUUCUUUCCUUUUUUUUCUUUUUGGUCUCUUUUGGUGGGGUGGGGGUAGGCUAAAGCCAUAGGAAGAAAAAUGUGAUGUAUGUGUCCAGUAUGUACUAUCUUGUUUUUGUUUUGCAAGAAGAGUUGAACUAUUUUUGAUAACAAGAGUAAAUGGUGGAAAAUGCUUCUUAGUUGUCUUGUCUUUAUUUGCUUUCCCAAGUUUUGGAAUUUUAUUUAAUUCCUUUAAGUGUUAGCUGUGUCUUAUGAAAAAUGUAUUUACCUAAAGUUUGUAACAGUUUUGUGUUGAACCCAGCUUCCCUGCUAUAUAAACUUGUAAAUCUGUUCUUGAUUCACUAAUGAUCACUGCAAAAAUGACUAGAAAUGAAAUUGUACACAUGGAUGACUAGGAUCUAUUUUGCAAAUCUCCCAAACUUUCCUAAUACUAUGACUUUAAAAUUAUGGAGUACUUUAUUGCUUCCCAGAUUUGAUCAUCUUAGUUUUGUGUUUUCUUGAUGCAUGGGAGGUUGGCAAUAGAGGCAAAGUGGAAAUCAUUCGUAUGUGAGGACCUUGAUUGUAAUGUAAUAUUGCCAACGAUGAAUUCAGGUUGUUUUUAGCACAAGUUUCUCUUUUUUAUGCUGGUAUUCUCACUGCCACACUUUUGGAAAACCUGUAUUACACCUUAAAUCUAUCAAUAAAUGAUAGUUUUCUAAUUGUAUGUUGUAGAAUACUGAGGAGUUUGGGACAGCAUGCUCUAAAAGGUCUGUAUUAAUAUGGGGAAGAACAACUGUAUUGCUUUGGUUUUUGUCUUGUCUGUACCCCAUGAGUUGUUUACGAGUUCUGACCAAUGACUGACCAGGGGAUUGCUGAGGUAACUGGACCUCUGUCAUCAGGACACAAAACAAUCAACACGGAACAGCCCAUCAAUUUCCUCCUUAGUCCUCAUUACCAUUAAGUUACCAUCAUCAUAAACAAAUCAUCUUUUACCUUAGGCAAUAGCUUUGCAGCGGACAGUUGUAUCAUUGUGAUUGGCUUAGCUCAGCUCUUCUGUGAGAUGCAAUGUGGUUCUUGGUGAGGAAUUAUUCCAUUUACUUCAUUUUGUUGUUUUCUUGAAAAAACUUCAUGGUUACCUUACUAAAGAAAAGUAGACAUUUUAUGAGAAAUAAAAUUGCUUUUUAAACACUC